GCGCUGUACUGACAAUUCUCUGGUUAGUGUGCUUUUUUUUGUCGUAAUAAAAAUGUUAAUUUUUAAUUGAAAAUAUAAAAUCGUAGCUGUAUAUAUUUAGAAAAAAAUCAAGGCUGAAAUCAGGAUUGGAGAAUAAAAAGGUAUCAAAAUCACACAAAGGUGAAAAAAAUUUGAAAGGCUAGAAAACUUGACAAGGACAGUUGCGGUUCAUUAAAAAAAAUUAAAUUUUAUAUUUAACAUAAAUUUGCCAUCCAAAAUUUAGUGUUUAGAUUGUUUUUUCGUAGAUACAUUUGUAUUUAGAGAUCUAAAAUACAAUUGAAACAGUUUUUGUGAAAAUUGAUUUAUUCUCGAACUUACUGCUCUGACAACCGUUUGACGUUUGUUAAAAGAAAAAAAAGUGAAAAAUUAAUCGAAAAUUUAAUAAUGGCGUCAGAUCCAACAAAAAAUAGUCGACUUCAAAUAUUUAAAAAUAAAGGAAAAGAUCAAGAUGAAAUGCGACGUAGAAGAAAUGAAGUUACCGUGGAAUUGCGAAAAAAUAAACGUGAAGAAACUAUAUUAAAACGCAGAAAUGUUCCAAAUAUGGAAUCCACCACAGACGAAGAUGAUUUUCUAUCAAGCAUUAACCUCAAGAAAUUGGUAGAAAGUGCAGCAGAUUCCAGUAGUCCAGAAAAGCAAUUAGCUGCAGUUCAAGCUGCUCGGAAAUUGCUUUCAUCAGAUCGAAAUCCACCAAUUAACGAUUUGAUAAAUAGUGAUAUAUUGCCGAUUUUAGUCGAAUGCUUAGAAAGAGACGAUCACACGCAAUUACAGUUCGAGGCAGCCUGGGCUUUGACGAACAUUGCUUCAGGUACAUCUGAGCAAACUAAUCAAGUGGUAAGAGCAGGAGCUGUCCCCUUAUUUUUGCGAUUGCUCAGCUCACCAGCGCAAACAGUAUGCGAACAAGCAGUUUGGGCUUUGGGCAAUAUUAUUGGUGAUGGUCCACUGUUAAGAGAUUUCGUUAUAAAGCAUGGUGUAGUCCCACCAUUACUUUCAUUUAUCAAACCAGACAUACCGAUAUCAUUUUUACGUAAUGUAACAUGGGUAAUCGUUAAUUUAUGCCGUAAUAAAGAACCUCCACCACCAGCAGAAACAAUCCAAGAAAUAUUACCAGCUCUUAAUGUAUUGAUACAUCACACAGAUACAAAUAUAUUAGUUGAUACGGUAUGGGCCAUUAGUUAUCUAACAGACGGAGGAAAUGAUCAAAUACAAAUGGUAAUUGAUAGCGGUGUUGUACCAAAAUUAAUACCAUUAUUAGGUCACACAGAAGUUAAAGUCCAAACAGCAGCUUUACGUGCUGUUGGUAAUAUUGUAACAGGAUCCGAUGAACAAACCCAGGUCGUAUUGAAUUUUGAUGCAUUAGCUUAUUUCCCGGCGUUAUUAUCACAUCCCAAAGAAAAAAUACGCAAAGAAGCUGUCUGGUUUUUAUCAAAUAUAACAGCUGGCAAUCAGUUUCAAGUACAAGCUGUUAUAAAUGCUGGUUUAUUACCUAAAAUAAUUGAAAAUUUGAGUAAAGGUGAAUUCCAAACACAGAAAGAAGCUGCAUGGGCAAUUAGUAAUUUAACAAUUAGUGGUAAUCGUGAACAAGUCGCCGAAUUAAUAAAAAAUGGCGCUGUACCACCAUUCUGUGAUUUGCUGUGUUGUAAAGAUACCCAGGUUAUAAACGUUGUUCUUGAUGGUAUAAAUAAUAUGUUGAAAAUGGCUGGCGAUCAUGUUGAACAUAUUGCCGGUAUCAUUGAGGAAUGUGAGGGUUUGGCUAAAAUUGAAAAAUUACAAAAUCAUGAAAAUGUCGAAAUAUAUAAAAUAGCAUAUGAAAUUAUUGAACAUUACUUUGCCGAGGAGAUUGAUGAUACCGCUAUAGCACCAGAUGCGGAUGAAAGUGGAUUCCAAUUUAACCCAAAUAUUAAUAUGCCUAACGAAGGGUUUAAAUUUUAAAUAAACUGAUAUAUAAUAAUUAUAAAAUAAAAAUUUAAUAAUUAUUUAAAAAAAAAAAAAAAUAAUAAAUAAUAUAUAUUUAAUGCAAAAAAAUGAAGAAACUAAUUAUACAGUACCAUGUAUAAAAAAAAAAAAAAUUAAGACAAAAGGAUUAAAUAUAUAAAAAAAAAAUUCUUUUUAACUGACAAAAACACAAAAUAAAGGAUAAAAACAAUGAUGAAAAAUUUAAAUGAAAGAAUUCAAAAUAAAAAUCUAGAAUUUAUUAAAAUAAAAAUAAAGUAACAUUGCAGUUAUUUUAAAUAAAUAUUACACGUAUAUUUUUUUUAUUUUUAUUUUUUUUUUUUUAGUUUUUAACCGUAAAAAUAAAAGCAGAAAUUUGAAAUAUAAUAAUAAUUUCAAUACAUAGAGAAUUUCAAAUAAGAAAUUUAAAAUAAAAAUUUAAUAUAAGGAUAGCUUGAUUUCUUUAUAUACAUACAU